AUGGCGCUUGUGACCCAAUCCGGUGGUGCACCUUCUUCCCCUGCCACCCACCAAGACUUCACCCUCAACUCGACGGUAGUUUAUAUCCUUCCCCAGGUGCCCCUCCAAACCGCCCAGAGCCCAGCCAACUCCCCACACACCACGACAAACAGUCCCCCAUUCAGGGCCCAGAAAAUGGCAUCAGCGCAUAUUGACGAUGAAGAUCUAACAUUCACCUGCUGCGCGCCCCUUCGGACGUCAGAGUUCCUGAAGCCGAUUGAAGUCGGCGAGAUCGGCGGCUCAGGCCACGCCGGGAAAUCCACGUUCCUCGCAUGGCCCAUCUUCGGCCCGUUGCUCUUCCAGAAUGAGACGAGCGAUGCGCGAGACCACUGCGCGAAUGAGAGGACAUUCCUCUCGUACCUACGCCUCUCGGUGUACAUGUCCAUCGUCUCCGUCGCUAUAGUCCUCUCUUUCCAUCUCAAGAGCGAACCGAGCCAAUUGGAGCUGCGGAUGGCCAAACCUUUGGGCAUCGUAUUCUGGUGUCUAGCUGUCUCGUGUCUGUGCCUCGGCUUGGGGAACUACAUCAAAUCGGUAAACAAGUACAGCCGGAAAGCGGCCAUUGUACAAACUGGUUGGAGGACGCAGCUCGUUCUCUCAAUUGUAGCCCUGAGCAUCAUCGGAACCUGCGUGGUCCUCCUGGUCAUCACCAAGAUCGCAAGCAACGACGACUCAGAUACUUCCAAGUCCGGCGUCGCGGCAGCACAUGUCUUAUGA